AUGCUUCAUUUCCUGUUCGGCCGCAAGGAACGCAAGCCCAAGAAGAGCAAGAAGAGCAGCAGCAAUAACAGCAUGCAGAGCCCCGAGCCCCGCCGCCCCAUGUUCGCCAUGGUGUGCGCCAACAACGUGAACCGCAGCGCCGCCGCCCACGAGAGUCUCAGCGCCGCGGGGCUGCGCGUCUGCUCCUACGGCGCCGGGAGGCAGGUGACGUUCCCCGGCAAGACGAGCUCGGACGCGCGCACAUUCAAGUUCCUCACGCCCUACGCCGACAUGCACAGCAUCCUGGAGAAGGAGGACGCCGCGCUGUUCUCGGGCAACGGCGUGCUGCAGAUCCUGGAGCGGGACAUGCCCAUCAAGAAGGCGCCCGAGCGCUGGCAGAGCCUCAGCAACAAGCAGCUCCUGGACAUCGACGUGGUCGUGUGCCUGGACUACGUCAUGUUCCUCACCGUGUUGGAAGGUGGGCUGGCCGAUCUGAGCUGGUUGUGCGUGUUUGCAGACAUUCAGAUGCGGAUUCGACUAAGUUUCAAGACCAAGCAGCUCCACAUCAUCUGCCUCGACACAGAGGACACACCCGAGGAGGCAUUGACGGGGGGCGCGCGCGUACUCGACCUCUGUCGCGAGCUGAACGUCCCGUCCGACGAGCUCACGGAGGAGCUCGUGAAGACGGUGGUGGAGAAGUUCGAGAAGGAGCACGAGCGGCAGAUGUUCUAUCUGGGGCUGCACAUGUGA